UUGGUAUUUGUGGAUUAUUUGUUUUAGGUCUGAAGGGGGAGUUUGACUAAAGGAGCUCAAUUUCGCCCUAAUUUUUUGAGGAAAUUGGGGGCAAAUUUUGGCCGCUGAGGGCUUCUCACGGCGGCCGUUCGGAUCUAAUAAUUCCAUCAUUUACGUGGAUUUCCUCGGAAAUUGCUGUGGAUAGGGACUAGUUAGCAGGGGGAAGCGUUGUUUUGUGUUGUGUUGCUGUUGGUAGAAUUGCAGGAAAAACUUGUUCUUUAUCUUCUGUUCUUCAUAUGCAAGACCAUUUGAAAAACCAGAAGAAGAGAGCAGAGAAUAGAUUGUGACAUGGAGGAGGCUCUUAAGGCAAAAGAAAUCGCGGAAAGGAAAUUCAACUCCAAGGACGUCAAGGGUGCCAAGAAGUUUGCUUUGAAGGCCCAAAAUCUCUUUCCUUCACUAGAAGGCAUAAGCCAAAUGAUUGCCACUCUGGAUGUUCAUCUUGCAGCAGAGAAGAAGAUCAAUGGGGAGAGUGAUUGGUAUGCAAUUCUCUCUGUGAAUGCCUUGGCAGAUGAAGAGGCACUCAAGAAGCAUUACAGGAAGUUAGCCCUUCAGCUACACCCUGACAAGAACAAGUCUGUAGGGGCAGAAGGUGCUUUCAAGCUCAUUUCUGAGGCUUGGAGUGUGUUGUCUGAUAAGAACAGGAAAACAGCAUAUGACCAGAACAGAAAUGUUAACGGUUUUCAGAACAAAGCUUCUCAACCACACAUGGAUCAUUCGGCUCAUAAUUCUGCCAAUGGUUUCCACUCGUUUUCCAACACCACAACAUCCAACAAAAGGGCUCGAAAGAGUAACAAUAGUUCUGGUAAAUCUGUUGUGCCUCCUCAAACUCAUACAGUAAAUUUGAACACAUUCUGGACAUCAUGCAAACAGUGCAGGAUGCAGUACGAAUAUCUUAGGAUUUACCUUAAUCACAAUCUUUUAUGUCCUAAUUGCCAUCAAGCCUUCUUGGCUGUCGAGAUAGGAAUUCCAGGUAAUGCAGCCAAUUCAUCUGUUCCUUGGUCAGCCAAGCAGCACCAACAUAAUUCAAACCAUAAUUACCAACUAAAGAAUGGUUAUAGUUCUGGGUUCAGUACCUCUACUUAUCCUGGAACAGGACCUAUGGAAUUUCAGAAUGGGGGAAAUUUUGAUUCUUAUAACCAUCAGAACUUCCAAUGGAGCUCUCUCACUGGAUCAGCUGGGACUGCUAGUAAUGCAGAUUCUCCUUUUCAGGCUGCACACCUAGUCCAUAAGAAACUUGAGAAAAAGAGAAGAAAGUAUGAGAAGCUACAAGCUGCAGCCCAGAGAGAAGAGUCUCUCCAGACAGAUAGUCAUGUCUAUAAGAAUACAGUGGAUGGAUCUGGAACUUAUAAUUCUGGUCACAUUAGUAGUGCUUAUGAUUGGGAGCAACCUGUGUCUAAGGUUGGCAGACCAGCAAAAAGGAGAUGCAAUGGUGAUCAGAGCAGCAUUUAUCAUCGAAGAGAUGAGGCAGAAAAUAUGUCUACAAGCAUAGAAAAAACUGCUAAUCCUGAAGUUCAAAGGGCUAAUGGUGCUUUUGAGGAUAUUCCUAGAACUAGAAUGACUGCUAGACAAAACAACUUUAUCUUGGAGUUUUCACAGAUUAAUAUCCGGCAAAUGCUAAUCGAGAAGGUUAAGGCGACAGUUGUUAACAAGCUCGAAGAAUGGAACUUAGCUCAGUCAACCAAGCUGGUAGAAAAAGAGAAAUUAAAGCAGAAAGGUGGACAAGAAGCAGCUGUUAUGGAUGGGGGGGAUACAGGAAAACAGACCUGCUUAGAUGACGCCAGCAUGAAGGAGCCAAUCCUUGACCAUGAUGACAAUAAAGCUAAAGAAGUUCCAAAACCUGUAUCAAUCGAUGUUCCUGAUCCCGAUUUCUAUGACUUUGACAAGGACCGGCUUGAGAGGACUUUUGAAGGUGAUCAGGUGUGGGCUACAUAUGACAGUGAAGAUGGUAUGCCACGACUCUAUGCCAUGGUUCAAAAAGUUCUCUCUUUGAAUCCUUUUAAGAUCCGUAUGAGUUUUCUUAACUCAAAAUCCAACAGUGAAUUGGGACCAAUUAACUGGAUAGCCUCUGGAUUUGCCAAGACAUGUGGAGAUUUCAGGGUGAGCAGAUAUCAAAUAAGUGAUACAGUCAAUAUAUUCUCACAUAAAGUUAGAUGGGAGAAGGGUCCACGGGGAGUCAUUAGAAUUGUCCCUAAGAAGGGCGAUAUUUGGGCCUUAUAUAGAAAUUGGUCUCCAGAUUGGAAUGAGCUUACACCUGAUGAUGUGAUAUACAAGUAUGAAAUGGUGGAAAUACUUGAUGAUUAUAGUGACGAGGAUGGUGUGUCUGUCAUCCCGCUUGUGAAAGUUGCUGGUUUCAAAGCAAUAUUCCAUCGACAUAUGGACCCAUUGGAGGCGAAGAGGAUUGCAAGAGAAGAGAUGUUUCGUUUUUCGCAUCAAGUUCCUUCUUAUUUGCUUACAGGUGAAGAAUCUCAUAGUGCUCUAAAGGGCUGCCUUGAAUUGGACCCGGCAGCGACACCUAUUGAACUUCUUCAGGUUAUUACGGAAGUUAAGGAGGAUGUGGGAAUGGAGACAAAUGAACAACAAUCAGUUAAGCAGUUUUAACUGCUUCAUGGGUGUUCAUCUGUAACCACCUGAAAGCAAUCAUUGUUGGUGACAACUGGCUUGAUGAUGUGGAGCGAGUGUCACAUUUUGCUUGGUGCCAUGUGAAGUCUGAUGAGUUCUUCACUAACAGUUAUGCAAGUGGGUUUUCACAGCUGAGGUUUUCCUCUGUGCUCUUUCUACUUAUGUUGACAACAAUAUGUAGGUAACUGUCUCCUUUUUUGGCUGAUGAGUUCAGGAUUGUAAUCAAUAUCACUUUCUCAAGUUGAAGAUUGAUUCUGUUCGUUAUAUUUUACCCUAUUCUCUGAUACAUCUGCCACAUCUAUGGUAAUCCAUCGGCGUCAGCUUCUAAUACAGACUACUAGGUUACCAUUUGGCAUCAGUAUUAUGUGCAAGCUUAUUGAUUCAAACUUUCAAUAGCAACCAUCCUGGUAGUGCGUUGGUUGAGGCGUUCGGUGGAUUUCAACUGGUUGAGUGUUUGAUCCCUUGGUAGCAUGCACCAUGUGCAAAUCAUUUACCCUUGUGCCAUAUAUAAAAACUCCAAUCAAGAAUUAUUAACGACUUUGUAAUGUAUGACAACAUUGGCAAUUCCCCAAGUCUCAGCAUUAUUAAGUCUUUUUAUUAUGCUUAUA